AUGAUCCCGCUCAUUUUGCAGGGACAGUUGCGGAGGAAUGUCGUCCGUCCUUGGUACGUCGACAGCGGCUGCUCCCGGCAUAUGACUGGAGACAUCUCCCAAUUGAGCGACAUUCAAUCUUUUAAUGGGGGGUAUGUUUCCUUCGCGGGCGGAGAUGGUGGCAAGAUCACUCAAAGAGGAACUGUUACAAAUGGAGUGCUAAGCUUUGAGAAUGUCAACUUUGCUCCCGAGUUAAAGCACAGCUUGUUGAGUGUUUCCCAAAUUUGCGACAAAGGCUAUUCUACCCAUUUUACCGAUAAAGAAUGCAUGAUUCUCAAGCCAGGCAUUGUCAUCCCGGAAGAGUGGAUUCUCGUCAAAUCUAAGCGGGAUGGGAAUGCUUACAUUAUUGACAUGAACAGCAACAUCCCUGAACAAGUCACUUGCCUAUUUUCAAAAGUCUCCGAACAAAACGCAAUGCUGUGGCACCGACGACUCGGUCAUGCUAACGCGAAAAACCUGAAUCGCCUUGCUAAGAAUGAGAUGGUCCGAGGCUUACCUGUCAGAGACUUUAUUACAUUUGAGAAGUGUGUGUCCUGUGCCCAAGGAAAGCAUCAUAGAAAACCACACCUGCCCAAGCAAGUCAACUCAAUCAGUCAGGUGCUCCAACUAUUGCAUAUGGACUUAUUUGGUCCGGUCAACGUCCUGAGCAUCAACAGAAGCUCGUACUGUCUAGUUGUGAUCGAUGAUUUCUCUCGUUUUACGUGGGUCUUUUUCUUAUCCAACAAAGCGGGGGUUGCUGAUCUGAUAAAGAAGUUCAUUGUGAUGAUUGAGAAACAAACCAACAACCAGGUGAAGGCGCUUCGUACUGACAAUGGAACUGAGUUCAAGAAUGCGGUUCUUGACCAUUUUUGCGCAGAAAAGGGGAUCGUGCGUCAAUACAGCUCUGCUCACACGCCUCAACAAAAUGGCGUUGCUGAAAGGAGAAAUAGAACUUUAAAAGACGCUGCAAGGACAAUGCUUUGUGAUUCAAAAUUACCUGUUUUCUUUUGGGCCGAGGCGAUUAACACUGCUUGCUACGUGCAGAAUCGUGUUCUAAUCAACAAAGCACAGAUGAAGACACCGUACGAGAUUCUCUAUGGACACAAGCCUUCAGUCAGCCAUUUCCGUGUAUUUGGCUGCCCUUGCACCCUUCUUCACUUGGAAUCCAACCCUAAAUUCAAUGCCAAAGCCGAUGAUUGUUACUUUAUAGGAUAUGCUGCGCGCACCGCGUAUAGGGUUUACAACAAGAAGACUAAGCAGAUUGUUGAAUCCUAUGACGUGCGCUGGUUGGAGGAGAAUGAAACAGACGCUCGAGUGGGUCCUGACUGGUUAUUUGAUUACACAUCGCUUUUCAAAUCCUUAAAUGUGUCUUCAGAUGGCUCAAAUGGAUCCUCUUCUGGUUCGAAGAUUGUUUCUGAAGACGAAGACGAAGAAGUUGUUUACAGACCUCCAACGGUUGAGGGGGAGUCCUCUGCUCCAUCUGAGGGGGAGUCCUCUGCUCCACCUGAGGGGGAGUCAUCUGACCAACCUGAUAGUCCAGAGUCUAAAGUUCAAGAUGGAACUCCUGAUGCUGAUGCUACACCUCUUACCCCUAUUGAAAGAGAGUUCAUGUCUAGAGAUGCUUCCGCUGUCAAUCCAACUUUUAUGGAACUACUCUUUCCUGAAGAAAUUGCUAAUGAGUUUGUAGCAGAUCCAUCCAAUGUGGAUCAAUCAGCAAAUGAUGGAGGUUUCAACAUUCACACUCUUCCUGUUUCACUCAAUGAUAUCAGCCAAGACAUUCCUUCAAGAAUUCAACGCGAUCAUCCGAUCGAUAACGUCAUUGGCCAGCUGGGUGACGGAGUUAAAACCAGAAGUCAGAGUGGAGAUGUCAAUGCAUGUCUCUAUUCUUGCUUUAUAUCUCAAAUAGAGCCCAAGAACGUUGACAUGGCUUUGAAUGAGCCCAGCUGGGUAGAUGCGAUGCAUGAAGAGCUAAAUCAGUUUGAAAAGCUCGGGGUUUGGAAGUUGGUUGAGUUACCGAAGGGCAAAAGGUCUCUUGACACGCGUUGGGUCUAUCGUAACAAGCAAGACGAUUCUGGUGUAAUAGUGCGCAAUAAAGCAAGGUUGGUGGUUCGCGGGUUUCGACAAGUUGAGGGUCUUGACUAUACUGAGGUUUAUGCUCCCGUGGCUCGAUUGGAGGCUAUUCGUAUCUUUCUCGCAUAUGCUUCCUACAUGAACUUCACGGUCUACCAAAUGGAUGUCAAGACUGCCUUCUUGUAUGGCAAGGUGAAGGAAGAAAUUUAUGUUGAUCAACCCCCUGGGUUCGUUAACUCCAAGUUUCCUAAUCAUGUCUACAAGUUGGACAAGGCAUUGUAUGGGUUACAUCAAGCUCCUCGAGCAUGGUAUGCGACUCUAACAAAGCAUUUGCUCGAGCAUGGAUACUCUCGCGGCACUAUUGAUCAAACUUUAUUCAUCAAGCAUGUUGGUAAUGAUCAGAUACUAGUCCAGAUCUACGUUGACGACAUUAUCUUCGGGUCUACCAGUCCACAGCUUUGCAAAGAGUUUGAAGGCGUGAUGAAAAAGCGGUUUGAGAUGAGUUCACUGGGUGAAAUGACCAUGUUUCUGGGGCUUCAGGUCAAACAAAAUUCAACCGGAAUCCUGCUACAUCAAGCUAAGUAUGUGGAGGAUAUUCUUGAGAAGUUCGGGUUUCAAGACGCGAAACCUGCAUCGACACCAAUGGCUGAAAGACCCCUGCUGAAUCCAGAUAUUGAUGGCGAAUCCGUAGAUCAGACACACUACAGAUCGAUGAUCGGAUCGUUGAUGUAUCUUACUGCAAGUCGUCCCGACAUCAUGUUUGCAGUUUGUCAAUGUGCUCGCUAUCAGGCUAAUCCUAAACUCUCUCAUCUUAUUGCUGUCAAAAGAAUUUUUCGGUAUAUCAAAGGCAGCCCAAAAUUGGGUCUUUGGUAUCCGAAAAAUUCUGAAUUUGAUUUAUAUGCUUUUGCUGACAGUAAUUAUGGAGGCUGUGAGCUUGACAGGAAAUCAACAUCAGGAGGGUGCCAAUUCCUUGGCGAUAGGCUGGUGUCGUGGCAGUGCAAGAAACAGCAUACCGUCUCUACCUCAACAGCAGAAGCGGAAUACGUUGCUGCAUCUGCCUGCUGUUCUCAAGUUAUCUGGAUCCAACAUCAGCUGUUGGACUACGGUUUGAAUUAUCUAGAAACCCCAAUUCACUGUGAUAAUGAGGCCGCAAUUCAAAUAACUAAAAAUCCUGUCCAACACUCCAAAACCAAGCACAUUGAUAUCAAAAUUCACUUUAUCAGAGAUUGUUAUGAGCGCUCGCUCAUUAGGCUAGAACAGGUUCCCACUGCCAAUAAUGUGGCGGAUCUGUUCACCAAGCCUUUUAACAAAGCUCGAUUCGAUGUGCUUGUGGGAUUUUUAAAAAUGAUUCGUUUUGAGGAUUAA